AUGUCUUGCCGAUCCUAUCGCGUUAGCUCUGGAGGUGGUGGUGUCCGGAGUUUCAGUUCUUGCUCAACUGUCAUACCAAGAAGCAUAAGGCAAUACAGCUUCAGCACUGUCUCAUCUCGGGGAGGUGGUGGCGUGGGCUAUAGAGGACUAGGAUACUUUGGCAGCAGAAGUCUCAGUGGCGUAGCCUCCGGCAAACCCAGAAUGGCUGUUGGUAGCUGUCGUUCUGCAAGAUAUGGUGCUGGCUUUGGCUACAGAGUGGGUGGGAUCUGUGGGCCUUGUCCACCCACUAUCACACCCGUCCAAGUCAACCCGCUCCUGCUCCAACCUCUCAACCUGGAGAUCGACCCCAAUGUUCAGUCGGUGAAAUAUCAGGAGAAGGAGCAGAUCAAGUGCCUCAACAACAAAUUCGCUUCUUUCAUUGACAAGGUCCGAUUCCUGGAGCAGCAGAACAAGGUGCUGGAGACCAAAUGGAGCUUUUUGCGGGAGCAAAAACACUACCAGAAUAACAUGGAGCCCAUGUUUGAAGCUUAUAUCAGUAACUUGAAGAGGCAGCUGGAGAACCUGGGAUGUGACCGAGCUAAGCUGGAGACAGAACUGCACAACAUGCAGGACAUCUUGGAGGAUUACAAGAGAAAGUAUGAAGAGGAAUGCAAUCGUCGAACCUGUGCUGAGAACGAGUUUGUAGUACUUAAGAAGGAUGUGGACUGUGCUUACAUGAACAAGGCAGAACUAGAAGUCAAAGUGGAAUCCCUCAUAGACGAGAUCACCUUCCUGAGACGCAUAUAUGAAGAGGAAAUUGCUUGCCUCCAAGCAUCCAUUUUGGACACCUCUGUUAUUGUGCAAAUGGACAACAGCCGAGGCCUGAACAUGGAUGACAUCAUCGCUGAUGUCAAAGCUCAGUAUGAGGACAUCGCCAACAGAAGCCGAGCUGAGGCAGAGUCCUGGUACCAGUGCAAGUAUGAGGAGCUGAAGGUAACCGCUAGCAAACACUGCGACAACCUGCACAGCACAAGGAAUGAGAUUACGGAGCUGAACCGGGUGAUUCAGAGACUGCACGGAGAACUUGAAAAUGUUAAAGCCCAGCGAUGCAAACUGGAAGGAGCCAUAGCAGAAGCCGAGGAACGGGGAGAGAUGGCUCUCAAAGACGCCAAGUGUAAACUGGCCGACCUGGAGGCUGCGCUGACGAAAGCCAAGCAGGACCUGGCUUGCCAACUGCGGGAGUACCAAGAGCUGAUGAACGUCAAGCUGGCCCUGGAUAUCGAGAUCGCCACCUACAGGAAGCUGCUGGAAGGAGAAGAGAGCAGGUGA